GCACAAUAUCGUAUCGACUCGUCGUCUAGCACACACCACACUCGCACGCACAAAACGCGGUAUAUAUAGCAUCGCAUCCGACUCUCAUCUCUGCACCCAUCCACCGAUCCCAACGACACGAUGACCGACCCCAUCCCUGUCCGCACCGAGGCCGAGCAGACGGCCUACGCCGCCGGGCUGCGCGAGGCCGAGCGCAAGGCCAUGGGCAUGUUCGACGAGAUCGAGGGGCUGAUCAAGCCCGGCGUGAGCGAGAAGGCGCUGUCGGACGCGAUCCACCAGCUCGGCCUGGAGCGGCACGGGCUCCGCACGCACUGGCACAAGCGUGUCGUGCGGAGCGGCGAGAACACGCUCGCGCCGUUCGAGGAGAACCCGCCCGACCGCGUCAUCCAGGCGGACGACAUCCUGAUCGUCGACCUCGGGCCGGUCUUCGAGGCGUGGGAGGCCGACUUUGGGCGCACGUACGUCGUCGGCAACGACCCCGAGAAGAUUGCGCUGCGCGACGCGCUCGAGCCCAUCUGGGUCGACGUCAAGGCACAGUACGACAAGCAGCCAGGCAUGAGCGGCGAGCAGCUGUACGCCAUUGCCGUCAAGGCGGCGCAGGAGAAGGGCUACGACUUUGGUGCCCCGCUCGCUGGACACAUCGUCGGCUCGUUCCCCCACGAGCGUAUCCCCAAGGACAAGAUCACGCUCUACAUCUCCGAGGGCAACAGCGGCUCCAUGAUCUCGGUCGGAAAGGGCGGCUACAACCGUCACUGGAUCCUUGAGAUCCACCUCCGCGACAAGAAGGGCCGGUACCAGGGCUUCUACGAGCAGCUGCUUUCGGUCAACUAGGAAAGAGCAGCGAGAACGCGGGAGAGCGGUUUGUGCAGUACAGUUGUUAGAUAUAUGGCACGAGUGAGCGACACGGCCUGGGCUGCUGGCCUCGGGCCAACUGCGGCG